UGGAAAAGGAUACACCAGAGGAGCCGCAGAUUGUGUUUAGGCACGAUGCUGAGAUAGGCUUACAACUCGACUAUGAGAUAUGGCAGGCGAUCAAAGCUCGAACUCCUCUGGUACCCCCACGCUCAACCCAUUGCAAGCAACCCGCCUCGCACCCUACUCCCUCACCACCACCUUCCGCCUCUCUAUAA